AUGAGGAGAUCAAAGACAAGAGCGCUUAAAGCUCUAGAGGCAAUAUAUACUGCAGAGAGUAGUACUACUACUAAUAGUAAUGGAAGCAAUGGCAAUGGUAGCAAUGAUACUACUGGAGCACAGAACAAGUGUAGAGAUGCUGAUGUAUGCUUCUACGAUCAACUGAACUCAUUGUUCGAGGUCAACAACAAUUCAUCAGAUAACAAGAAGAUAUCAUCAACAAAUAGAUUAUCAGUGAGCAAUAUCAAGAAGAAGUUCUUGGUCAGUGAUUAUGUAAAUAACAGAUUCGUACAAACAGAGAUCAUAAUGUCAAAGGGCAAGGGCAAUGGUGUAAAGGCGAUCAACGAUAUUGAGCCGGGAGUACUUGUAGUUGAGUACAAGGGUGAGUUGAUUGGCAAGCAAGAGGCAUUGAAGCGUGAGCGUCUCUAUGCGCACACGAGCACAACACGAAGAAUGGAUUGCUACCUCUUCUUCUUUGAGCACAAGGGUCGAGUCAUGUGUGUCGACCCGACCAUCCCCUCGGAGGAUUUGGGACAUGGACGAUACAUCAAUCACAAGGUCAAGGGCAACCUUGAGCCGAUCAAGAUCAUCGUGGAUGGUGCACCAAAGAUUGUGUUGAUAUCAAGUCGGCAUAUUGCAAGUGGGGAGGAGUUGUUCUUUGACUAUGGCGAUCGCUCAAGCUCAUCACUCACCUACUUUCCAUGGUUGCGAGAGGACUUUACAUCAGAGGUAGACGAUACAGUGUCAUCGUCAAACAACAGCAACAACAAUUGUAACAAUGAUUCAGCAUCGAGAGAGCAGCAACAUGUUCACGCCGUCGAUGAGAAUGCUGUGGUACAUCAUACAAGAGGUGGUAGUAGCAGUAACGGAGCGGGAGGCGGAGGAAUUGGAGUCAGCAACACAUUGAAAAGGAAAGGAUUGUACAGUGAUAGCGAGGAUGAUCAAGAUGAGAGUGCCUAUUCAGUUGGCCCUCUACUCAACAACACAAAUGUAGUCAGUAGUGAUCAUGACAGUUUUGAUAAUGAGCCAAGUCUAGAUGACAUGAGUGAUCUGGAUCUGGAUCAAUCACAUACUGAUGGAGUUCAAGACAAUGAUGAUGAUGAAGACGAGGAUUAUCAAUACAGCGAUGACUAUGAUGAUGACAAUGACAAUGAUAUCAAUAACAAAGAGGAUCAAGCGAGUGAUCAACAACAACAGGGUAGCGAAAACUGGAAGACAAAGAUUUAUGAACUGAGUCUACCAUCUGGGACAGACAUCACAAGCGAGGUUAGCAAUGAACAUCCACAGUUACAUAGUCUGAAGCGUAUCAAGCUAAAGUUCAAGCAAAGAGACACCAGCACAAUACCCUCCAUGGAGGGAGUAUAG